CCGGUUUCCCUGGGAAAAACACGCGAGACUUCGCGAGAGGCCGAACGAAAGCCGGGCAGUGCAUACGGCGGGAGGGGCAGAGGGGGGCCCCGCCCCUAGCGGGAGGAAGUCUCGCGAGGCUGGGCCGCUCUGGGAGGCGAGCGGGAGGCGGUCAGCUGAGGCUAACCCCUGGCUGGGCGUGUGGCUGAGCCCAGCCGAGUCCGAGGCGGUCACCCUCGUGGCCGGGCACCGCGUCUGCUCGCUGAAGAGGCUGAACGAGGGUGCGGAGGCCCUUCCUUUGCGUGCACAGGCCCCGCUCGGCGAACGCUUUCGGUCCGCGUCGCCCCAGCUGACGGCUGUGAGGCACUGCGUGGAGCGAGUAAGUGGGAGAAAUCCGGGGACGGAGCGGCAGUGGGGGCUCGGCCGCCUCCUACCCCAGUGCAGCCCCGGUGCCGGCCGCUCCCGGGAGCCGCACCUCCUCCCGCGGUCAGCGCGAGCUCCCUCUCCGGAACCGAGCUGCAGAGUCUCAGGAGCAGCCUGACCCUGAGGACACUCCUUCCGUGUUUGUUCUCUACCUGCCUUACCAACCCGAACCUCACCACGAAGGGUGGGCGAGGACGGACGCUGCUCAGUCUUCAGUUUACCCCUUUGCAGCAUUUGACACGGAGAGCCAUUCCGUCUUUCUUCAAACUGCCCUCCGCAAGGUAUUCCUUUAGAAAUGAGUUGCACAAUUGAGAAGGCACUUGCUGAUGCUAAAGCCCUUGUUGAAAGACUGCGAGAUCAUGACGAUGCAGCAGAAUCUCUAAUUGAGCAAACCACAGCUCUUAACAAGCGAGUGGAAGCAAUGAAGCAGUAUCAGGAAGAAAUUCAAGAACUUAAUGAAGUUGCAAGACAUCGACCACGGUCUACAUUAGUAAUGGGAAUCCAGCAAGAGAAUAGACAAAUCAGAGAACUGCAGCAAGAAAACAAAGAAUUGCGUACAUCCCUGGAAGAACAUCAGUCUGCCUUGGAACUUAUAAUGAGCAAGUAUCGAGAACAAAUGUUUAGAUUGCUAAUGGCUAGCAAAAAAGAUGAUCCGGGUAUAAUAAUGAAGCUAAAAGAACAUCACUCCAAGAUUGACAUGGUACAUCGUAACAACUCCGAAGGAUUCUUCCUUGCUGCAUCUCGACACAUCUUUGAAGCACCUCAGCAUGGACUCGAGAGGAGGCACUUGGAAGCAAAUCAGAAUGAGUUACAGGCACAUGUUGACCAGAUAACUGAAAUGGCGGCAGUCAUGAGAAAGGCCAUUGAAAUCGAUGAGCAGCAGGGUUGCAAGGAACAAGAAAGAAUAUUUCAGCUUGAACAAGAAAACAAAGGCUUGAGAGAGAUUCUUCAAAUAACUCGAGAAUCAUUUUUGAACCUUCAGAAGGAUGAUGUAUCAGAAAGUACAUCUUUGUCAGCAUUAGUGACCAAUAGUGAUCUGAGUCUGAGAAAGAGCUGAAGGAGUUCAGUCUGGAGGCUCUGUUCAUGACGCCACACAGUCGCCAGGACUGGCUGAUCAGUGAAUGAAUGAAUGAAUGAAUGAACAGAAAAUUCAAUUUCAGUCAACAAUUUUCCCCCUUUUUAGUAUACAGUGUACUGACUAAGAGAUAGCAGUGAAAAAAUGUGUAUUUAAUGGUUGUAAACUUUAUUCCAAAACAUGGAAAUGUAGAAAUGAGCCGCUGUUAAUUGGUGAACAAAUGAAAGAUUUUUCACAGUGACUCAUAUCAAGUGUUCAGUAAUGCUAUUACCUCUCUGGAUGAUAUAAAUAUAAACUCAACUAGUCCCAAUAAAUGUUUGGGAAUUCAUAGAAUUAUUCCAGUUUUAAAAUACAAGUUUUUGCCAUGGUUUUAUGAAUAAGAGAUCUGCAUACUGAAUUUUAUUCUUCCUGUUUGGUGUCAGAAUUAACAAAUUGUUUGCGCCGUGCGACUUACUACUUAAGUAAUUGCCUGUCUACUUUCCUGUUAAUUUAAUUUUUUAUCAAAGAAAAUCAGGUUUGAAGGCACUAGGAAUGUUUCAUAUGUUCCACAAACAGGUAAUUUAAUUCUAGCUAAUUUACCGUAACUAAUUCUUAGCUAUCAGUUGUCUGUAAUGUGCUUAGAUGUAUGAAAUAUCAUUUCAGGAAUGAAAGAGAAGGAAUAAUUACUUUCUAAGAAAGAAGAUCUUAUAAUAGACAUAUUUAGUAGGUUAAACUACUCUUUUGAAAGAACAAGUUUUGAUUCUCAGUCAUUAUGAAAAUGAGAUUUUUCUCUUCUCUGGUUGAUACCUAUUAAAGGGUAUGAUAUGGUUCAUUUAGGUAACAGUUGAAAUGUUUGAUAUAGCAAGAUAGGUAUGGUGACUUUCAAGGUAAAUUCAGAGUUCCUCUGGUUCAUGGAACCCCUCUUUUUUUUAGUAAUUAUUCUUGAGAUACAAAAAAGUAGAGUCAAAUUUUAGAAAAAAAUCUGGAUGUAUUUUUAAGCUCCAUCUGUUCCUCAUACUCUAUAAGAUUUUUCUUCUGCCCUUUCAUUUGGAAAGGAAAGUGGAAAUCAUGGAUUUAUAAGUAUUUCUCUUUUGUUUUUUAAAAAAAUAUCAAAUAUACAGUGUUUGAAUUUUUAAAAGCUACCAGAUACAGAAAUGUGCUUUAACACCAAUUAAGACCUAAAGUUUUCUUAUUUUGUAGUGAGUAUAGAAGAGUAUCGAAGAUGAAUGAUUAUAUUAUACUCAUUUAUAUUAAAUACAUAUUAAAAUUAGCACAAAUGGAAAAUUCUACUUUUGAGUAUAUAAUUUGUUAAGGAAAUAUUACUUUUCGUGAUAAUUUUUGUGUAUUAUUUCAUAUAUUGGUAAAAUUCAAAACUACUUUUCACUUCAGAGAUUUUCUAUCUUAAGUUCAGGGUGGAUGGGCUGAUUAGAAAAGGGCUAAUAGUCCAAACAUUAAGUAGAUUUCUUUUCUCAUUCAGAGGCCUUAAUUAAUGUUUUAUAAAUAAAUGGCAUUUCUUUAUUUUUAAACUUUUCUAUAUGUUUUUAGGAAAGUAUCCCCUCACUCAAUGGCAUAUUCAUUCAAAUAGUUUUUAUCCCAAGGAAAAGGAAAAUAAGCUAUGCAGUUGAGAUUAUGUCUGAGGCAAUUCAUUGUGGCAGCUUUAUUAUAAAACAUUGAUAAAUGAUUAUUUUUGUAAACAAAUAAGUUAAUUUAUUCUUGGUCUUACUUGGAUAAAUUUUAAGGUCUUGGGUGUUGAAAGACAUUCACUUUGUUUUUAGGACAGUUUUCCACCCCAUUUUUUUUUUAAUAGGACUUUAAAUUAAUGUCUGAGGGUAUGUAUUGGCAUAGGAGCCUAUUUUAUCAAUAAAGAUGAGUGGUUAAAACUGGCAUGCCUCCAAUUUAAUUUGAAAACAGUGUUUAUAUUUCUUGUAUAUGGUUUAUUUUUAAAGCCUUUUGUCUCCUCUUACCACAAAACAAGUACUUAGCAACAAGUUUUGUUUUUGUUUCUUAGGAGUAGGACAGCAACUACUUACCGCUGAUCUUACAGAUCUUAUCUGUAGUCAGAUGAGUACUGUCCCCACAAAAGCUAAGUCCAAAUCCUAAACAGCUCUACCUGGAAAUAUAACUACAUCUGGAAAUAGAAAACUUUUAUACAUGUAAUUAUCUCAGGAUAAGGUCACUUUGGAUUUAGUUUGACCCUAAAUGCAAUGACUGGUAUCCUUGUUAAAAGAAGAUUUGAAACCCAGAGAAAAAGCCACAUGAGGACAAAAGCAGAGAUUUAUGCAAACCAAGGAGCACCAAUGACUCUUAGCCACCAUCUGAAACUAGGAGAGAGGCAUGGAGUGGAUUUCCCCUCAGAGCCUGCAGAAGAGACUGCCCCACUUGAUUAUAGGGUCUGGCCUUCAGAACUGUCAGAAAAUAAAUGUCUGUUAUUUUAAGCUACUCAGCCUGUAUUUGUUACAGCAACCUUAAGAAACGA